UUCGUUUUUUGGGUUGACUAGGGAACUACGACCGAGUCUUUGAAGCCAAGCCUAGAAUGUCAGAAGGAGAUGAAGUUUAAACUCAGAUCCUCUGAAACAGCCAUUCAAUCUUCUUUCUCUCCAUCUCUCUCCAUCUCUCUCUCCCCCAUAUUACAUUGUGCCAAUCUCCAUCUUCUCGGGAGAGAGAAAAUUGAUGGAAUCUGAUCACCCACCUCAGAUAAAAGGCGUCGUUAUAAUCACUCUUCCACCACCAGACAAUCCCUCUUUAGGCAAAACCAUCACAGCUUUCACACUCUCAAACUCUUCUCCAACGCAAACCCACCAAGAAAGCCAGAACCAGAACAAUCUCCCAAUACAAUCCCCACAAAACCCACAACUCCAAUUCCCAUUCCCGAGGCUCAGACUCUUCCAUGGCGUGCCAAGAAGGCUGUUUGCGCUUCUGGGUAUCUCUAUUUUCACGUUGGUUUUGUUCUCCCAUGUGUUUCCCACGGUCGUUGAAGAGUUUCGCAGGUCAAAUGACGAUGAAGGACCAGAGUCUUUUAUAUUCCCUUUGUAUUCCAAACUGGGCGUUCCUGGGAAGAAGGAUGUGGAGCUUAAGCUUGGGAGGUUUGUGGAUUUUGAUAAGGAAAAUGCUGGGGUUUCAUUUGGCGAUCGCGUUAAGACUCAAAAAGUCAACAAGUUGGUUUCUUCUACAGCCAAAGUUGACUCAUCGGCCAUUCUUCCUGUCAGAGGCAAUGUUUAUCCAGAUGGUUUGUACUACACACAAAUUCUAGUGGGGAAUCCUCCAAGGCCUUAUCAUUUGGAUAUGGACACCGGGAGUGACUUAACAUGGAUUCAAUGCGAUGCACCAUGCACUAGCUGUGCCAAGGGAGCUAAUCCAUUAUAUAAACCCACCAAAGGUAAUAUAGUACCGUCUAAAGACUCAUUCUGCACGGAGAUCCGGAGAAAUCAGAAACCUGGACAUUGCAAAACAUGUCAACAGUGUGACUAUGAGAUUCAAUAUGCGGACAGGAGCUCCUCCUUAGGGGUUCUUGCAAAAGAUGGACUUCAUUUGGUGAUGGAAAAUGGAUCGUUGGCCAAUGUGAAUGUUGUUUUCGGGUGUGCAUAUGAUCAGCAAGGCUUGCUUUUGAACACUCUGGCAAAGACAGAUGGAAUCCUUGGUUUGAGCAGGGCUAAAGUUAGUCUGCCAUCUCAAUUAGCAAGCAAAGGAAUCAUUAAGAAUGUGGUAGGUCAUUGUCUUACAACUAACGCAGGUGGUGGCGGAUACAUGUUCUUAGGUGAUGACUUCGUACCGCAUUGGGGCAUGUCUUGGAUACCCAUGCUUAGGAGUCCUUCAAUGGAUUUUUAUCAAUCAGAGAUCGUAAGUAUCAAUUAUGGAAGCAGCGCUCUCAAUCUUGGAGCAUGGAGCAGCAAAGCCAGACAAUUGGUGUUUGACAGCGGUAGUUCUUAUACAUACUUCAAUAAAAGAGCGUACUCCGCACUGCUCGCUUCACUUGAAGAAGUUUCUACAACAGGACUAGUCCGAGAUCGAUCAGAUCCAUCAUUGCCUAUUUGCUGGAGAGCUGAAACACCACUCAAAUCUGUUGCUGAUGUGAAGCGAUUCUUCAAGACUAUAACUCUUCAGUUUGGAAGCAAAUGGUGGAUUAUCUCCACGAGGCUUCGAAUUCCUCCAGAGGGCUACUUGACUAUUAGUAGCAAAGGCAAUGUGUGCUUGGGCAUCCUAGACGGAAGCAAAGUACAUGACGGUUACACAACCAUACUUGGAGAUAUAUCAUUGCGUGGGCAUUUGGUGGUGUAUGACAAUGAAAACCAGAAAAUUGGUUGGACCAACUCAGAUUGUGUCAAACCACGACGAUUUGAUAGCCUUCCAUUCUUCGAGUAAUGUGGAAAUUUAAUAUAUAUGAUUCUUAUUUGUACAUACAAAACUUGCCUUUUGCUAAAAACUAACAGGAUAAAGUAUGCUCGUACAUUUCCAGCCAAAAAUGAAAAGAAAAAUAAAAUAAGAAAAUAUGCCCGUGUAUAUAUAUUAGUGCUUGAGAUAUAGUUUCCUUGUAUUAUUUCUGCCAAGUUCUAGUCAUAUUUAUGGCUCGAAUAAUGUUUAAAUACACCACCGAUGUUAAGUAUCACUACUACUAAAAAGUAAUCUAUAUAUUGUAAGACACAGCGUUGAGCAUUAUUCCUCAUUAUUAUACCUGAUU